AUGCGACUGAUAACCAAUCCAGUCAGUGCUUAUUUGCUUAUCAGAGAACUGAUUCAGAAUUGGAAUGAUAUCAAAAAUUUGGUACAAGACAAUAUUGGUGAAGAUUUAUUGGAAGAAAUUUACAAAAUGCGAGCUCUCAGUUACGCAAAAAGUCCUACUGCGGUGAUUUUCCUUUUUCCAAUAUUAAUUGCAAUGCUAAUCGCCUCAGAUUCGUUUUAG